AGUGGCGGCCCCGCCCACAAAAUGGCGGCCGCGUCCCACAGCAGCCCCUAGGGAAGAGGGCGCUGCCCACUCGUGACGUAAUCUUUUUACGCCGGAAGUGCCGCCAUGCGGGGGCGGCUUCUCCGCGCUUGGCGCGAGGGGCUGAAGGCGGCGGACAGCGGAGUGCGGCCUCGGCGGGAGCCGCCAUGGCGGGUGUUGUUCUUUGGCACCGACCGCUUCGCUGUUACUACUUUGCGUGCCUUGCAGGCCGCCAGGGAGCCCAGCAGGGGCUUGCUUGUGUCCAGGCUGGAGGUGGUGACGCUGCCCUCCCGUCUGCCCGUAGAACUGCCUGUGAAGAGCUGUGCCCGUGAGCUCCAGCUGCCUGUGCACGAGUGGCCACAGACAGGGCCUGCGGGGCAGUUUGAUGUUGGUGUGGUGGCAUCGUUUGGGCGUCUCUUGAGCGAGGACCUUAUUCUGCAGUUCCCAUAUGGCGUGCUGAAUGUCCAUCCCAGCUGCCUCCCACGGUGGCGUGGUCCUGCACCAAUAGUCCACACAGUACUUCAUGGUGACAAAGUGACCGGGGUAACAGUUAUGGAAAUAAGACCAAAGAGGUUCGAUGUGGGUCCAAUUAUUAAGCAAGAAGAGUGUCCUGUUCCUCCUCAAUGUACAACAAAGGAGUUGGAAGUGAUAUUAGCAGAGAUGGGUGCAAACAUGCUGCUGUCAGUUUUGAAAAACUUGCCUGAAAGCUUAAAAAAUAAAAAAGAGCAACCAAAAGGAGGAGUAACAUUUGCUCCUAAAAUAUCUGUAGCUAAGAGCUGUAUAAAUUGGGAAGAGCAAACAGCUGCACAGAUAAUUCAGCUGCAUCGUGCCAUAGGAAGUAUGUUUCCUUUGCAGACGCUUUGGAAGGGCAGUACUGUUAAACUUCUGGAUUUCGUAGAAGUGGACAAUAUCCUUGGUUCUGCUGAUCAAGUAUUAAGUGACCAUGGAGCUGUUCCUGGCUCACUGCUCUACCAUAAAAUGUCCCAAACACUGAUAGCUCGUUGCAAGGAGGGCUGGGUUGGAUUCAAAACAGUAGUAUUAAAGAAGAAGCUUACAGCUGUUGACUUCUACAAUGGCUACAUGCACUCUUGGUUCCAGCAGAACUCAAGAACAGUUCAUCAGGAAUGCAGGUUUCAAACGCUCAAACUUAACACAGCAAAGAAGACUCUGAAAGAGAAGGAAGUAUUGUUGCAGGAUAUAAAGCGAUAGAUGUUUUUUUCCCACAUCUUAAAGUAUACCUGUAAGUUAAUAUAAAAUAUUUCAAUUCCAAACAGUAACUGGGUGAAGUUUUCCUUCCCAGAAUGCGUGACCUUAUUGUCAAGCAUUCUGUUCUCAUCUUGGAUCUCUGAUGAUGAUGAUUUCUUUUAUCCCAUUAAGGAGCAGAAUCUCUGUAUACACCAAGGGCAGUGAAUAAAUCUGUUUCCACUGUUGGGUAAUAAAUCUAUUUUUAUAUCAUG